AUGGCAUCAAAUACUAUUGAUAAUGGAUCACACGACAUUGCCAUUGUGCGGGGAACAGUGGACGACGUUCCGGCAGUCAUCAAUCUCCUAGACACCGCAGUUAAAUGGUUGGUGUCGCGUGGCGGAAUUGGGCAGUGGGGAGCAACACCGUUUUCGGAGAAUCCACAACGCGCUGAACAACUCAAGGAGUCUGCAACAACCGGCCAUGGCCUUUGGCUUGCUAUCAAAGUUACGGAUGGGACGGCAAUGGACCAAAAUCAACACUCCGAUAUACCCCCCAAAGCCAUCGAGGGAGAAGCUCCACGGUCCAUCAUAGGGGCAAUUGCUGUUGGAGAGAGGAUGCCUUAUGUGGCCGCCGUCUCGGAGCCUGAGCUUUAUGUGCGAUUAUUAGUCACGGAUCGACAACAGGCUGGUAAUGGGAUUGGCAAACGCCUUUUGGAACAUGCGCGUGAUCUCGCCAAAGGGGCCGGAAUCUCAUUACUACGGGUGGAUUGCUAUGCAGGUGGCGAGGGCAAUUUGGCUAAAUACUAUGAGUCUCAAGGAUUUAAGCCAUCCGAAAGAUUGGAUCUCGAAGGCUGGCCUUGUCAAGUGCUUGUUCAGCAUUUACAUGAGGCCAAGGAGGAAUGA